AAAAAUUUGUCUAAAUGAAUUCUCAUUCAUUGACUAUUCUUCAAUUCUACUAUUGUUCAAUGUCAUAAUCAUUUUGUCUUAUGUAUGUUGUGUCAACGAGAUGAAUGUGCCGGCAACAUCGACCAUCUCCUUGGAACCGGUCAUUCCGGCAUUGGAAAUUCGUAAUUUGACCACCAAAUUUUCUUAUUUUGAUCGGAAUGAAAUGUUAUAUGGCCUAGGUGCUACUUCUGUUCAUAAUCAUCCAUAUUAUUCGGUUGCUUUUUUUACGGAUGAACUUGCAUGUCAUAUGGUAAUUCGGUUGUUACACCAACGUCAAUGGAAUGGCCGACGUUUACGUGUUGAAUUUGCAAAACCAGAACAGAUUCGUCGUCUUCCAAGUCAUCAUGUCUGUGAUCAAGCACUCAAACGUAAGAUUGAGCAAGACCAAUUUCAAGCGUUUCGUGAUCAUAUCCAACAAUUGCAACGUCAAUCCAUUCCUGACAGUAUUUUUAAUUCAACUUUCAAAGAUAUCCCGAAAGCCGAUACACUAAUUAUCGAACAAAUCGGACAACAUUUGUUAAACAAUGAAAAAUUUUAUAAAUAUGUCGUCACAAUAAUGAUUAAACUUGGUCUGGAUGUAUCGUUCACCAAGCAAAAUGAUCACUUAUCUACAAUUUUAUUGCCACCAGAUUCAGAUGAAGAAUCUGAAUUGGAAACCAAUAUCACCAUCAAUGAUCUCAAUCACAGUGAAGCACCGGAAUUCGAAAUGAAACGUCGUCGACGUCGUAGAAAGCGGCUAAAAACAGGAUUCAUUGGUGACAAUGCCGAAUCAUUUCAUCCAACAACAACCAAUACUAAAAACCAAAUCACUACAGAAAUCGAGCAAAUCUUUGAUACAGUUCCAAUAUCAAAAAAACUUUCGAUAAAUUUAACUGUUAACAACAAUUCUACUUCAAUUCCAUCGUCAUCCAAUUCGAUUAUUGAACAUAUUACCACUUCCGAUGGUUUCGGAUCUCUAGUCAAACCAAAUUCACCACCUCGAUUGAAAUCGAAGCCAUCAUCGAUCAGUGAUAAUACUUUUGAUAUUUGUCUAUUACGUCCAGAGGAUCUGAUUACUGAUCAGGAAUUGGAAUCAAAUCGAAUACCUACAGACAAAUGGUCAGAAUAUCCCGUAUUCAAAAAUUAUUCAAUGGGUGAUCAUCAAAGUCAUCGGCUUUAUGUGAAAAAUAUCCAUCGAAAAGUUUUACUGCGAGAUUUGUAUCGAUUAUUUGCUCGCUACAUUCAUCUUGAUAAUUAUGAUCAUGUAGAUAAAUUUGGCAUCGUCUACAUGGAAAAAGGUCGAAUGCGUGGUCAGGCUUUUGUCACCUAUCCCGAAGUGACACAGGCUAGCUUAGCAUUAACAUCAACUAAUGGCUUUAUGUUCCAUGAUCGCCCUAUCGUUGUUCAAUACGGUCGUUGUAGUACUAAUAUACAACCCGAAUCCAUAUAAUAAUUGUUUCAAUGAUUAUUUUAAUUAAUAGUUACAAAUACAAAAUACAACUACUUAAGAAUCAAA